CCGAACAAGCGCCUAAAUCGGCAGCCGUCAGAUCCCCAACCAUCAUCCAUCCAUUCAAGCGACUAGAUGGCGGCGGCCCGGCUGGUGCACGCGCGGCGCUCCGCCUCCGGCCUCCUGCGCAGCCUCGACUCCAACCCGGCGGCGCUGGGGCAAGGGGGCCGCUGGUACCGAGGAGCCGCCGCCUCCAACUACAGCUCCCGCGACGACCCUUCAAGGUACGAUUCGUCAUCCACUCCGGUGAACCUGGGUCUGAGCAUCGUGCCGGAGAAGAAGGCGUUCGUGGUGGAGCGCUUUGGAAAGUACCUCAAGACCCUCUCAUCCGGGAUCCACCUUCUCAUGCCCGGCGUCGACCGCAUCGCCUACGUGCACUCCCUCAAGGAGGAGACGAUCCCCAUUCCUGACCAGUCUGCCAUUACCAGGGACAACGUCUCUAUCCAGAUUGGAGGAGUGCUCUACGUUAAGAUUGUUGAUCCCUACCUGGCUUCAUACGGUGUGGAGAAUCCCAUGUAUGCAGCUACCCAGCUUGCACAGACAACCAUGAGGAGUGAACUCGGCAAAAUUACCUUGGACAAGACUUUUGAGGAGAGGGAUACACUAAAUUACAACAUUGUGAGGUCUAUAAAUGAGGCAGCAGCUGACUGGGGUUUGAAGUGUCUUCGUUAUGAGAUCAGGGACAUAUCUCCUCCACCUGGGGUUAAGGCAGCUAUGGAGAAGCAAGCUGAAGCAGAACGCAAAAAACGUGCUCAAAUCCUUGAGUCAGAAGGGGCUAUGCUGGACCAGGGAAAUCGAGCAAAGGGUGAAGCUGAAGCAAUUCUUGCUAAGUCAGAAGCCACUGCUAAAGGAAUAAAAAUGGUCUCGGAGUCCUUUAAAACUGAAGGCAGCAUCAAGGCUGCUAGUUUGAGGAUUGCUGAACAGUACAUCAAAGCUUUUGCUCAUCUGGCUAAAAAUACAAACACGAUGCUUCUUCCCAGCGAUCCGGGCAACCCAGGGGCAAUGAUAGUUCAGACCCUCAAGAUAUACAAAAACACACAGCAGUCUAAACUGACGCCAGGAAGCCAGCAUGCAGUAGUAGUAAACAAGAGAAGUGACAGGGCUGCUGAUUUGCUGUCUGGGAUGCCAUCUCUCGACAUCGGUGUCCUAUCAGAUGACAAGCUUCCAAGGGCUCUCUGAUUUCUGGGCAGAGGAAGCUGAUUGAUGAAAUCCAAGGGCCGGCGCUGCGGUGGAAAGUGCUCUCUGAUUUCUGGGCAGAGAUGGUGUUGUACAUCGCGCCGUGCGAUGACGCCGAGGCCCGGGAACACCUGGAGGCCGUGGCGAGGGGAGGGGAGUUCAUCACGCACCUGUGGGCGCUGCUCACGCACGCCGGCGUGCUGGAACGAGGCGUUAUGUCUGGACCACUUGCUGCCGUCUGAUCACUCACAUGUAUGUGAUGAAAAAGCCGCGUCGAGCUAUUUAUCGCCAAUAAGAAGUCGAGAGAAACAACCCGAAAAUACACCAUGAACAGAGAGGAAAAGAAGAACAAGAUUGAGCGGGAGGCGGAGGGAAGAAAACGUGAAAAGAACUACUUCCUCCGACUCAUAUUACUUGUCUCAAAUUUGACCAAAUAUGAAUGUAUCUUCUAUUAGUUCGCUGAUUUGUGCUUUAGGACAGCAGCAGAGCUAGGCGCCCUUUUCCAUCUUUCUCGUCGACUACAGAGCUUUCUUCCCCUGUGGUGAGUAGUCUGUCUCUGGUGAAAAUGUGUGGUCUCUCGUGGUUGCUCUCAGCCGGCAUUUUUUCUGGGUCGCUGUGGUAUGGGGAAUUUGGUGUGGGUGGUUGACGUUGGGGCAUAGCAUCCAUACCAGGUAUCUGUCGCCCGGGCCGUCAGUAACGAUAUUUGGCGCUCCUUUGUGUUCUCCUGCAGGUUGUGACCCUUUCUGAUUGAUGGUCGGCUAGCCGUAGUAGUGUGCAUUUCGCCAAUUUUAUCCACUUUUAAUGGCAGAUUCAUGACUAAUUUUGAUUCAAUUUUGUACUGUGGAGCUUUACCCAGGUAGAUAUGAUGUGGAUAUGUCCCCUUUUUGUGGCUCAUGCCUCUAAUUUGUCUAUUAUUAGGGGUGAUUUUGUCGUGUUUUUAGUUAGCAGGAGUGUCAGUGUCAACAUUUGUCAUGUUGCUACAUAUACCCUAGUCAUGCCCACUGCGAGUUCAUGUAUAUUCGAGAUAUGUGCUUUGUCAAGUAAUCUAACUUAUGUACUUUUGGAACUAGUAAAUCAUUCCAUGGUCAUUUUAUGGUUCUAUGCUAUUGCAAUUCAACCCAUACUUUUUUAGCUAGUACUGCUUUGGAUUCUAGCCUUUCCUAAGCACUUUCUAGGUCCUGUAAGCUCAUUAUGGUUACUUUACUGAAAACUAUGGGCCGUACCUGUUUUGUUUAGUUCAAAUGCUAGUGGGUCGGGUGUGUUCUGGUUAGAAUUGGCUACCAUGAGUGCCAACCAAUUUGUGUUAUACAAAUCAUCAUUUUAUAUACAUAGGGUCAUUUGUAUCUGCUGCAUUUUUGUCAUACGUGUUCUGUUUUAAACAUUUUUUAAUUUUGAUUACAACAAAACUGAAGUGGUUUGAUGAGGGCUUUCACUGUUUUAAGUACUUUAGCAGAAUUUUUUUGAACACCGGUGUUUGACGUGCAUGUUUUCUCUCCUGACAGCGACACUGGAUCUAAUGAGGAGGAUUUUAUUUCACAACCUGAUCCUGAGUACUGUGAUUUUGCCCCUGUUCUGGAAAGUUGCACUGCAUUUUGUUUGUUUUUCACUAUACUCCUACUGCAAUCACAUUCAUUUCUACUUGCAAUUGCACUUGUUUUGUAUUAUCAGUCUUGUUUCUUGAAUAGCCAUGUUUAUUAUCAGGAUAUGGUUUGUUUUAUAUUCUAUUAGAAGUCUUUAUCAUUCUGUUGUAAAAUUCUUUCUGAGUUGUUUCUUGACUUUUCCAGGAUAUGGCUUUCCUAGACUUUUGUCGAUUUAUCAAUCAAUUAGUUUCCUUACCCUUGCAUCUGUCAUUCAGGCUUUAGCUGACAGCUAAUUCUUAGCCUGAAUUUGAUUUCUUCCAACUCUCUUUUUGUAAUUUGAAGUAACAACAUCAGGUAGGAAUCAUGAAAUUAGUGCAGGCUGGCAUCUGGCAUUCAGGCUGAAGCUAAAGCCAAAAUCUAUAUUAAACCUAGAUUGGGACAUUUGUAUCGGUUCAGGUUCAGGCUAAGAAUCUUUUUGUUUCAGUUUGUGCAGGGUUUUGAGUUGUAGAGUUCUCUCCAUGGCUAGAGAGUGUGUGAGCUUUGGAGAGAGUUUUCUUCUCCAUAGUUUUGGAAGUUGACUGAGACUACAACCUGCCAUAGAAUGCUUUAAACUCUGCAUAUGUUCAAUCAAUUUUAGUUUUUGCUGGUUCAAGAAAUUGAGCCCUGUUUCUUGUCCCUACUAAUAGCGCUAGUUUUGUUUUGCUAGACAGUUCUGAACAUUUGCAUUCAGAAAUCCACUUUAACAUCAAUAUAGUAAAUGCCUAUAAGGGGAGCAGCUAUAGCGCUAGUUUUGUUUUGCUGGACAGUUCUUUAAUGAGGUUUUGUUAUUCUAAAUCCUUGUGGAUUUGAACAUAUCAUAUUAUAAGGGGUGCAUUGUUACCUGAUCUGAAAGGUGGGGAUUGCCUCCAAUCUUGCUUUGCUGUGCAUCUCUAGACAUAUGUAAGCUCAUAGGAUCACUAAAAUUUGUAUGUAAAUCAAAUUUGUAAGCAUAUUUGUACUUAUUACACAUGUUUUUGCUUGCAGUUCAAUCAGAUGUUCAAUCAGAUCAAACUCUAUGUGUCCCCCAUGUUUUGUUGCAGCCACAGAGGGAGAUAAAACCAGUAAGAACAAUGGAGGAAGGAAAACACACCCUUGCGCCUGCUUGAUGAGAAAUUUCCUGAACCAAUCACAUCUGCUCUUAGGACACAAAAGAGAGGUCAAAUGCUAGUAUAUGUGGGGGAGCCAGAGUGUGAAGAACCAUUUCAGUUUCGUGUUGACACUGAUGGUCGUAUGGCUACAACAGGAUCUACUAUGUGGAAACAUUUCACUUCCAAAACUAAGUUAAAGAUAAAUGAGCUCAUUUCUGUCAUCAUCUUCAAGGCAUCGACGCGCCUGAUUGUGAGUGUUGACAAGCUGUAAGUAAAACCUGGUAGUCUAAAUGAACUGAGUAUGCAAGUUUCUGGUUCUGCUCCCUAACGUUGAAUGGGGUGUUUUGCUUGUUGGUUCUAUAAUGUGUGUGUAUGGAUGCUGAUGUAGCUCUUAUUUUCUUGAGGGGAAUUUCUACUGUAAUUGAAGCCAGCAUCUAAGUUUUGCCUA